CGCCGCCCCCGCUGCAGUAGGCCUGGGCCCCGCGCCGCCCCCCGAGCCGACCCCGGCCAGGUCAGGAGAGGGUCGCAGCCGCCCCCCGCCCGCACAACAGCGCGCGUGUUCGCCAGGAUGCCGACGUCCUCGACGCACUGGCUGUACGAGCAGCUGCACCUUCCGCGCGUGGUGCCCGCCUUCUCCACGCAGGCCCUGCAGCCCAACGUGCGCCUGCCGCCGCCGCCGCGCGUGCACUGCGUGCGCCCGCGGCCCCUGGUCAAGCCCACGCUCUUCCGCAAGUACUACGAGCGCGGCGACUUCCCCAUCGCGCUGCAGUUCGACGCGUCCUCCAAGUCCAUCGCGUGGAAGAGGCAAGUGCAGGAUCUAGACUACCACCAUUUCCUCCCGAUGUUUUUCGAUGGUUUGUGCGAAACGGAGCAUCCGUACAAAUUUUUCGCUCGUCGGGGCAUUCAUGAUAUGAUCAAAAAUGCCCCACACAAGGUGCUGCCAGUGGUGCCCCAGUUAAUAAUUCCAAUCAAAAAUGCUUUGAAUACUAGAAUACCUGAUGUUGUGUGCUGUACGAUGCAGAUAAUACAGAAAAUGGUGAAGUCAUGUGAAAUGGUGGGAGAAGCCUUAGUACCAUACUACCGCCAAAUUCUACCCAUGUUCAAUUUGCUGAAGCCGAUGAAUGUUAAUACAGGCGAUGGAAUUGAUUAUGCUCAACAGAGAGAUGAGAACAUUGGUGAUCUUGUCCAACAAACUUUGGAGAUUUUAGAACGUCAUGGUGGUGAGGAUGCCUUUAUCAAUAUAAAAUAUAUGAUACCCACUUAUGAAUCGUGCAUGUUAAAUUGAUAAGAAAAUGCCAACUUUCAAAACCCCAAACUUCAAGAUGAGUGAUAAAAAUUAAGUGAUACAAAUAAUGAUACCAAUUCAAUUUCUUUCACAUUUAAGAAAAUGAUUUCUGUUGUAUUUCAGAUUGAAAUGAGUGUUAAUCUAUUAUUUGAAAAAAGAUAGCGCCUUUUUCACUCCUGUCAGAUGUACUCCCAAAAAUUAUCCCAAAAUUGGCAUUUCUAUCAGGUUUUACCUUCUGUUUUGUAAAAAUAAUAGAAACCAGCAACCAGAGACAAAAUAAAUUUGAAUACAGUU